CGGGAGAUCACUAUGCCAAAAAUGGCUCACUGGCCAGACAUGUUAUGUUACAGCUUUAAACAUAGCCGCCAAGGCUGCUUGUCUUAAUGAUUUCCACGCGUCGAGCCCAAGAAAAACUUGGGCGGCAUAUCACCGGAAAAUCAUUCCCUGUAUACUACCAUGUCUCUGUUGCAGUUCCACUUGUAUUGUUUGCGACUGUGAGUUUGGACGCGUCAGAUUCAGCCCGCACCAUAUGCAUUUUGGUGCGGUUUUGCAGAUCAAAUAUAUGUAAGCUGCCUGAUUUGCCGUUGGAUGAACCAAUUGCACCUCUGCUAAAAUGCUCGAGAGGAGUUUCCAUGCUGCCUGGUACGUUGCCCUUGGACAGCUUGGUAUUUUCUGAUAUCACUGUGGUUACUCGUUUCCACGCAACGAUUACCGUGACCAUCCUGGUACAAUAGUAGGGCCAGCUAGCAGAUCCCUACAAACCGCAGUAUGCAUACAAGGGCGGAAACUGGGAGAUGUGGUCCACGGCCAGUCUCGCAUUGGCAGAUCACCAUCCUCCAACCGAUGGCCAGACUUGCUGAUCGGCGCCGGUGGUCACUUGAUAACGCAGUUCAAUUCGUAGAGACUUGGCACCCAAAAGAUGAGUGGCUGAGGUUGA